GAUGGAGGUGGAAAUCUGCCUUCUGUUGGACUACUUCGGCGGUUCUUCCGGCCGGCUUCAACCGCGCCGAAUCAUGGCCGCCGAGGCGGUCGUCCGAGGCGGGGAAAACCCACGGCAAGGGCAGCUCAUGAAUGCCUUCAAAACGCAUAUGGUGGCGGAGAUUUUCUGGGACUUUGACCCUGAGGACUCAUCUCUGAAGCCCGGCGCGCUUCAACGACUGCUGGAGUUGAUGGCUCUGGAUGCAGCGACUUCCUCCGACUUCUUGGAGAUUUCUCACCUCGCCAGAGUCAUCUUGUCCAAGCGAACAGUGGACGUUGCGCUUGAUGCUGAACGCCUGGAGGAAUUUCAGCGUGCUGGCUUGGACUUUGAAGAUGUGAAGGAGCUCCAAAUCUUCCAGACCUUAGCGGAUUGCGUUUGCAUCUUUGACUUUUUGAAGUCCCAAGGCUUCCACGGCAGCGAGUGUAUGGAGCUCUUCCGCCAGCGCCUGCGGGUGGUGCGUGAGUUGUUGGAGGAAGAUCGUUCGGAUCCUUGGCUUUUUGAAGAUCUGGCCAAACAUGGCUUUAUCUGA